CUCGUUACGGCGGCGGAAGCAGCCCCGCUGGAGUGAGGGGUGGGGGACAGAGUGCUAUCGUCCCGGCUGCGGCUGCGGCUGCCGGUCCGGAGCCGGGGGACAUUAGCCCCAAAGGCGGAGAGCACACAAGAGCAAGCUAUAGACGGCGUGGCCGCGCCCAGGCGGAAAUGAGUUCUCAGCAGUUUCCUCGAUUAGGAACCCCUUCUCCUGGGCUUAGCCAGGCACCCUCACAGAUUGCAAGCAGUGGUUCCACAGGAUUGAUAAACCAAGUUGCCACCGUUAACGAGGAGGCUGGCCGAGAUGCUGAUGUUGGUACCAGGGAGCACGUGGGCCCUAGCAGCUCCCUGCCGCCCCGGGAAGAGAAGCAGGAGCCAGUUGUGGUAAGGCCCUAUCCACAGGUACAGAUGCUGCCCGCACACCAUGCUGUCGCCUCAGCCACUCCUGUCGCAGUGACAGCCCCGCCAGCACACCUGACACCAGCAGUCCCACUCUCUUUUUCGGAAGGACUUAUGAAGCCAUCCCCGAAGCCCACCAUGCCGAGCCGUCCCAUUGCUCCUGCUCCCCCUUCUACCAUGUCACUUCCCCCGAAAGUUCCAGGACAGGUUACUGUUACCAUGGAGAGCAGCAUCCCUCAGGCUUCAGCCAUUCCUGUGGCAACGAUCAGUGGACAACAGGGGCAUCCCAGUAACCUGCAUCACAUUAUGACCACAAACGUUCAGAUGUCCAUUAUCCGCAGCAGUGCUCCCGGACCCCCUCUUCACAUCGGCGCUUCCCACUUACCCCGAGGCGCAGCAGCUGCUGCUGUGAUGUCCAGCUCUAAAGUAACCACGGUCCUGAGGCCAACUUCCCAGCUGCCAAAUGCUGCCACGGCCCAGCCAGCGGUGCAGCACCUCAUUCACCAGCCAAUCCAGUCUCGUCCACCCGUGAGCACCUCCAGUACGAUCCCUCCUGCUGUAGUAGCGACAGUGUCAGCCACCAGAGCGCAGUCUCCCGUCAUCACCACCACGGCAGCACACGCUGCUGACUCGGCGCUCAGUCGGCCCACGUUAUCUAUCCAGCACCCACCAUCUGCAGCCAUUAGUAUCCAGCGUCCUGCACAGUCUCGGGAUGUGACAACGAGAAUCACACUGCCUUCUCAUCCUGCACUAGGAACGCCAAAACAGCAGCUCCAUACAAUGGCUCAGAAAACCAUCUUUAGCACUGGCACACCAGUGGCUGCAGCUACAGUAGCACCUAUUCUGGCAACCAACACGCUUCCUUCAGCAACCACAGCUGGAUCUGUGUCGCACACACAGGCUCCCACAAGUACAAUUGUUACCAUGACAAUGCCCUCCUCCCAUUCAUCCCACGCUACUGCUGUGACCACUUCAAAUAUCCCGGUUGCUAAGGUGGUGCCCCAGCAGAUCACACAUACUUCCCCUCGGAUCCAGCCUGAUUACCCUUCCGAGAGGAGCGGCCUGAUCCCCAUUUCCGGCCAUCGGGCCUCUCCAAAUCCUGUGGCCAUGGAAACCCGAAAUGACAACAGACCUUCGGUUCCUGUUCAGUUCCAGUACUUCCUGCCAACCUACCCGCCCUCUGCCUACCCGCUGGCUGCUCACACCUACACCCCUAUCACCAGCUCUGUGUCCACUAUCCGGCAGUACCCAGUUUCAGCUCAGGCCCCAAACUCCACCAUCACAGCUCAGACUGGCGUUGGCGUAGCAUCUACAGUCCACCUGAACCCCAUGCAGCUGAUGACUGUGGACGCUUCCCAUGCCCGACAUAUCCAGGGGAUCCAGCCAGCGCCCAUCAGCACACAGGGAAUCCAGCCAGCACCCAUUGGGACUUCAGGGAUCCAGCCAGCACCAAUCGGCACCCAAGGAAUCCACUCAGCAGCCCCAAUCAACACUCAGGGGCUUCAGCCAGCAGCGAUGGGUAAUCAGCAACCACAGCCUGAAGGCAAAACCUCAGCAGUGGUGCUGGCAGAUGGAGCUACAAUUGUAGCCAACCCCAUUAGCAAUCCGUUCAGCGCUGCUCCAGCAGCAACCACAGUGGUCCAGACUCACAGUCAGAGUGCUAGCACCAACACGCCAGCCCAGGGCUCCUCUCCCCGGCCAAGCAUCCUGCGGAAGAAGCCUGCCACGGACGGAAUGGCAGUUCGGAAAACUCUCCUCCCUCCUCAGCCUCCUGACGUGGCUAGUCCUCGAGUAGAAAGCUCCAUGCGGAGUGCUUCCGGGUCACCUAGACCUGCAGGCACCAAACCUAAAUCCGAAGUGCACGUGUCCAUAGCCACUCCAGUCACAGUGUCCUUGGAGACCAUAUCCAAUCAAAAUGCCGAACAGCCUACCGUCGCCGUCCCUCCAACUGCCCAGCAGCCUCCACCGACCAUUCCCAGCAUGAUCGCAGCAGCCAGUCCUCCAUCCCAGCCAGCCAUUGCUCUUUCUACCAUUCCCGGAGCUGUGCCCAUCACUCCACCCGUCACGACCAUUGCUGCUGCACCAACACCGUCAGCCCCUGUGGGCGGCACUCCUUCCACGGUCCUGGGGCCUCCCGUUCCUGAGAUCAAAGUGAAAGAAGAAGUGGAGCCAGUGGACAUCACCAGGCCAGUGUCCACAGUCCCUCCUCUGGCUACCAACACCGUGUCUCCAUCUCUGGCUUUGCUGGCAAGCAACCUGUCCAUGCCUCCAAGUGACCUCCCACCUGGUGCCUCCCCAAGGAAAAAGCCUCGAAAGCAGCAGCACGUGAUCUCGACCGAGGAGGGGGAUAUGAUGGAGACAAACAGCACCGACGAUGAGAAGUCCACUGCCAAAAGUCUCUUGGUGAAGGCUGAGAAACGCAAGUCUCCUCCCAAAGAGUACAUUGAUGAGGAAGGUGUGAGGUACGUCCCAGUGCGGCCAAGACCUCCCAUUACUUUGCUCCGUCACUAUCGGAACCCCUGGAAAGCUGCUUAUCACCACUUUCAGAGGUACAGUGACGUCCGGGUCAAAGAGGAGAAGAAAGCUAUGCUACAGGAAAUAGCUAAUCAGAAAGGAGUGUCCUGCCGUGCCCAAGGCUGGAAAGUCCACCUCUGUGCUGCCCAGUUACUACAGCUGACAAAUCUAGAGCACGACGUUUAUGAAAGACUCACCAACCUCCAGGAGGGGAUCAUCCCAAAGAAAAAGGCAGCAACCGACGACGACCUGCAUCGGAUAAACGAGCUGAUACAGGGAAACAUGCAGAGGUGUAAACUGGUGAUGGACCAAAUCAGUGAAGCCAGAGACUCUAUGCUUAAGGUCUUGGAUCACAAAGACCGGGUCCUGAAGCUCCUCAACAAGAACGGCACUGUAAAGAAAGUGUCAAAGUUGAAGCGAAAGGAGAAGGUGUAGGCCUGGAAGAAUCAGGACUUGGAAACAGAAUUUAUGACUGAUGCUGCGGGGGAGGGGGGAGGGCUUUGCUACUUUGACAAUGGAGCGUUGAAAUGCAGGACACUUCCCUUCAUUCACUUGAGGAAGCAGAUCUGGUGACACAGAAGGAUCGGGACGGGACUGCCGUGCUGAGUCCUCUUCCUCCCAGGCACAUCCUAAUACACCUCAGUUUUCAGGGACUCAGACACUCGGUGACACAGAUGGCCAGCGGAGUUUUCAGCCUCUCAGUCCAUAGACUAUUUAUCUGGUGGAUUCCUGCGGGGCCUGAGCUGAGCCUGGACUGAAAGUAUCCACUUGGACAAUCUGCUCUCUAGACUAAACAUAAAACCUCUUCUCACCCCGUCAGUUCUCCUGUUUGACCGUCCGAUGCCCAAAUCGGCCUUCUACAGUGGUGCCGCAGCACCCAGAGCCACCACGUCUCACGCAAAAGGAUUCCAGCGAUCAGUUCUUGUCGUUUAUUUUCAAAAGAACCAUCUCCAAGUGAUGCUGUUACACUGUCUGUCCUGCCUGUGUCAGAGCUGGAUUCGUGUGAAGGUUGCGAGCAGACAACACUAACCUGCUCUGGAAUCCUGUUCUAGAGAACAUUCUCAGUUAUCUGUACUUCCUCACUGUGUGAUGCUGUCAAUCAUAUGUACCACGCAUCUCCAAAUGUUAAUAAAGGACUAGAAGAGGUUUUUGUAGAUGA